CAUGGGAAGUACUCCUAACUAAACAACUAACAUAUAAAUGGUUGUAGUACACACCCUCUCUUGCACCCCUUACAUAUAUAUGUAGAUAAAAUUAAGCAGAAAAGGUUGUUACAACUCCAUAACUAAAUAGCCAAAUUAAUUAAACUCUAAUCUCUCUGUUUAUCUUCUUUUAAAAUUUCCAACAUCAAUGGAGAUGCUUAAAUUUUCAACUAAACCUUUAACAACACCUCAUGUCCAACAACAUUUCUGGGUUCCACAAAAUUCAAGAAUUCUUGGUGUUUAUAACAAAAAAGGUAGCACCUUUUCAUUUAGUCUUACUUGUAAGUUCAAGACUUCUAAAGGCAAGAAAUUUAGCAAGAAAAAGUUUGUUCCUAGGAAAAUUUCUUUGCCUGAUUCCGGCGUAGCGCCGCCGCUUUUGGAGAUGAAGAAGGUGGUGGAAGCCACCACUAGCAAUAAUGGCCACAGUCCCAAAGGUGUAUCAUUGGGAGGACUCUUGAAUUUGCCUUUGGAAAUUGGUGAAAUGUUGGCUGUUGCUGGUUUAGUGAACUUAGGUAGUUCUAUCAUUGACCAAGGCGAGGUUCCAGGAUUUGUCUUUCAGAAUCUUUCUGAAGAUCAUCCUCUCUUCAGCUUUUUCUCUUGGAAAUGGAUCACCCUCGGCCUUGAUCACAUGUUCUCAUUGCCUAUUCUCCUGGGGACAUUGGCUCUGCUAGGUGCGUCGUUGAUGGCUGGCACAUACACAAUACAAACUCCGCUUGUGAAGGGAGCAAGAAGGCAGUCUUUCUUGAAUUCAGCUGAGGCAAUUCAUAAGCAAGAUGAUGAAGACACACUUCCUAGAGCAUCGGCUAAUGACUCUGGUGUCACACGGAUGGGAGCUGGAUAUGAGGUAUUCUUAAAAGGGCCAGCUCUACAUGCACUUAAGGGGAUGGUUGAUCGAAUUGUUUCAAUUGGAGUACAUUUGGCGCUGCUGCUUGUAAUGUCUGGCGGAACUCUUGAUGCAGCAGGCAGUUUAGGAGAGAAUGUGACUGCUCCACAGAGUUUAAAUUCUGCUGUGGGGGAUGCAAGUGCAUCGUCAGGAGUUAUAUCAUCUCCGUCUGAUACUUUUAGUACUGAGAUUCAUGAAAAUCGACUCAACACGGACUAUGAUGAAAGUGGAGAGGUUUUCCAGUUCCAUACUGAUAUUUCUCUGUUUGACCUUAACGGAAAGGAAUUACUGAGGAAAACCAUACGCGUCAAUGAUCCCUUAAGAUCAAUACUAGCUCGUGAUUUGCAGUCAAGUAUUCUUUUUGCUAAAGAAGGGAAAUUUGAGAUUGACGGAUCAAAAAUUGUCGUUGCAGACGCGAUUGAUAGUAGUGGCUUGGACCAAAAGACUGAUCCAGAAGCACCAAUUGUCUAUGCUGAUUUUGGUUCUCUAUUUCUUUCAACUUGCAUUAGUUACUUGUCACAUGCACAGCUCUCCGCCCUGCGAGAUGGAAUAGCUGAGGUGAUUGGUGAUAAGACUAACCGAGCCAAGGGCGAAUCCUCGGACACAGUCGAUGGCUCACUCGAUCAAGUCCCCGGGUUAGCUCAAUCAUCUUGUACAGAGGAAUCUGAUAGUUUCAUUGGGAUCAGAAUCCAAGUUGGAGUUUGGAACAAGAAAGAUUCUGAUGUGUAAGUAGCUGGAGUUCGUACAAAAAUGAGAAUGCAGAAGUCAAAAAAAUGGAUCACAAAAUUCUUAAUAUGAUAAAGACCUGUGUACAGAAUUUACUUCAUUGUUAGGUUAGGGGACAAGUUAUAGAUCAGAUAUUGACUUUGUAUAGUUAGUAGUAGAUCUUUUCUUUUCUCUUGUUUGGGGGCUAAUAGGUAGGUAGAGGUAUUACAGGUGUUCAAAUUAGUACCUAUACACUUGAAAAAAAAAAAAAGGGUCCUUGUGAUAGAUUUUGACCCCUUUACAUUACUAAAAAUGUUCUGUUUCUGCAUAUAGAAAGAGUUGUCUAUCUACAUAUGGUAAUUGUUCACAUAAGACACUGUAAAAAAAUAUUUUAGUAAUAUGUUGUAGCAAGUAACUGGUC